CACGCCAUCUUCGUCGAGAAGAUCAUGCCUGCGCUUGACUCCUUGUGCCAAGACGAAUGUGACAGGACAUGGCCUAACGACAUCCCGAUGCGCUGCGGCUCGUGGAUCGAUACCUCCAGCCUGUUCGACGCUUGUAUCGCACAGGAUUUCCUCGACGCCACCGCAGUUCGCGACAGUUACAAUGCUUCGCAGCAGGUUCUCGCCUUCUCUGCGCACCGCACGACCAGGUUGAGCAGCGCAGAACGGUUUGCCAUGAUCGACUGUUGGAAAGUGCAGCGACGUUGGAACAGCAGGCUGUUUGGCACGGUCACGUCCCUGGACUUUAACGAGCUUCCCAUUACCGACCCCGUCGAGGACCGCUUGUGGCAUCUGAAUGCAGUGCGGAUCGCGUGCAAGGGCCAGCGUCGUUUCGUGGAGAACGUCGUCUCGGUGAUCGGUCUGAAUGAGCCCGCGGGUUCCCAGGUCGAGGCCGACUUGCUGGAGGAGAGCCUCAGAGCGGCGAAAGAGGGUUUCAAGAAAUUCGCUCUGUGCGAAAAAACUCUGCAAGACUUGGUUCUGGAUCUGCUCCGCAAAAGUCCUCACAUCAAAACCUCUGGAGAGGUGCCCCCUCGGGAUGACGAUGACAUUGACAAGCCGGCCGAACACGUCUCCACGGGGUCUGGGGUCAACGUCGGGCGUAUUGAGCCAGUGCAGGGGAGGUCACCGGGCGUGGACACUGCUGAUUCCAACGACAAUGUGCCUGGCAGCAGUGCGGUGCCUCGCGCAAGUAGCAGCCAGUUGGAUCGGACGGGAGCAGGGUCGUCGUCGAAGACGAAGAAGCAGACGAAGAAGGGCGCCGCCUCCGGCAAGAUCGUGAGUACAACGGGGCCUGCGACGCGCGCCAAGUCCAAAGCCAAGGAGUCGACUCCACCCGUCAAGGCUAUUCCCAACCGCUUCAAUUUUCAGAGUAACCCGAGAUCUUGAGCGCGCCCGUGCAGUCCUCUUCGCUUUCGCCGCCUUAUCUCUGGUACUCCGCGCCCCUCACCAUGUCAUUCCGCGAUCGUCGCCAUGUAUAUCCGCACCGUGUUGUGCUCGUUGAACGUUGUAUAUCCUACUAUCCUGUGACAUCAUCUCUAUCGUACAUCGGACAAUUCACAUUGAUUGCCAUCGCACUCAUCCGCGUCCGUCGUAGCGUUGGGUUUGAGCAGAUGGCUGCUGGCGGUGUGGAGAGGGCUGCGCCCAUUCAGUUGAUAGUACUAACAGUGCGCGGGUGCGAAGUGGUACGUCCAGGAUGUCCAGCUGACCGUACUAGGCUUAU